UCAGUGCUAGCUAUUGAAAUACGAAGCUUCAAACACCAGAAACAUUAUUGUGUCUUGUUCAACGAGUAUAUUAACACCUUAUCGGACCAUACCAAGAAAAACCUUUUAGCAGCGCAGAAGAAAUUUUAGGAAGAUUUUAAGUUUUUCGUUUUAAGCAGUUUUAGCAUAUGCACCAUGGAUGAUUUAAAUAUCGAGUUGAUCAAGAAAGCUCUUACCAAAUACAUCGGCGAACACAGAAUGAUCGCAAAUAUAGAAGUCCAGAAGUACAGCGGUCCCGUGGGGAACUAUCUAUGCGAUAAAUUUAAAAUGGAAGUCAAGGUCAAGAAUAAGGAAUUCAAGCAAGAUUUGGAUCUGGUAGCCAAAUGUUCGAUUCACGAUAAAGGUCCGGAAUUUGCACGCCAAACGGCUCUAUUGAUCAAAAACGAAAUUUUAUGCUACGAAACGAUCAUUCCAUGCUUACGAGAAUUCAGAGUAAAGUACAAAUUUCCAGAUUUUGAGUGUUUUCCCGAUUAUAUUGCUUCCCACUGUAAUUUAACGGAACAAAAUCCAACCGGAACUGAAGCAGUAUUGAUUUUAGAAAAUUUAUGUCCAAAAGGUUAUACUCACCAAGACAGUUCAGCUGGAUAUAACCUGAAACAGUCAACAACUAUUAUCGAAGAGUUGGCAUCACUCCACGCAACUUGGCUGGCUUUAAAAUAUAGAGAUCCUGAAUUAUUCAUAAUAAGCGUAAUAGACACCAUUUUGCCAAGGCGGCACCCUCCAGGAGGUACUGGUGACCCUUCUGCACAACUUGCUCUUUUAAGACAAUUAGUACAACCCUACGAAGAAUUUAGAGAUCUUUCCAACUUUGAUAAGUUCGCGGAAAAAAUGAAACAAAAAUUUCUUGCUGGAGACUUGUAUAACCCCAAGAUAGUAGACCCAUUUGCAUUGUUCAUCCACAGUGAUAUAUGUUGUAGUAACAUCAUGCAAAUUUUAGACGAUGAUGAAAAUAUUGUAAAAUUGAAAAUACUUGAUUACCAGCUUGCUACAGUGGGAAGUCCAGUAAGAGAUCUUUUAUAUUUCAUUGUUAGUAGCGUGAGACUGGAAGAUCUAACAACAAAACACUUUUAUAAUUUAAUAAAGCAUUACCACGCAACUUUAAAAUCUACUAUUCAAGAGUUCGGAGUUUACACCGACCUCAAAUACAGCUACGAAUUGUUUUGUGAAGAAUUGAAGGCACACGCACACGAAAUUAUUUUACAAUUAAUGUACAUGUUGAUUCACGUUAAUUUCCGAUCCCAAGGAGAAAUAUUUGAUCCUACUAGAGCUGAUCUUCUCCAAGUGGAGGAUGUUCCUCCUAUGGCGAAACAGAGGAUUUGUUUUUUAAUGCGAGAAGCGGCUAAAAAAGGCUGGCUUGAAAUUUAAUUUGUGUUUGUAUUUGUUUUAAAUAUCUAUGUCAAUUUUAAUUAUAAAUUUGUAAGAAUGGAUUUAAGAAAUAAAAAUAAUAUAUUUGAUUAUA